AUGUCGGGAGAGAGGAGGGUAGCCUUUACACGGAGCUGUCAUGUCCCUUGUCAAGUCAAUAUUUAACAUCUGUGGAAACAAGAGACAUCUAAUUCACUGGUAUAUGGAGGCGAGGUAUAAUGUGUACUGAACGGCCCCUGUGUCCAGACCAGCUUUCCUGACCGGACCCUAAAUUUUUGUGUCAAUAUUUAUACUAACUUGUGUUUGAGAGUAUACAAGGUGGCCGUAUUCGAUCUAACAUUUCUUCUCUGCGGAUGAAACUCUCCAAGAUUUAAUCGUUUGGGAACUAUCUAGCUAUUGCGGGAGUGUGUUAUGUCCCUGGCCCCUCUCGGAUACUCCUACCCCCCGUCUACUCAAACAUCACAGGUCCUGAUGUCGACUGCUACUCCAUCUGCUCUGCCACCCGUCACAACGUCAUGCUGUGAAAAUGGACGUCCGAUCAUGACAGAUCCGCAUACCGGACAGACGGUGUGUUCCUGUCAGUAUGGGUCGGGUCUUCUCUCCGCCUACCCCCGUGUCCCGGGACUUACAGAUUCCGUGUACAGCACCGCCCCUUACACCGCCCAGGGCUAUGUGUCUGCCCUAGGGACGGACCCGUCAGCUUUCUACUCCCCACUGAAUGCCCAUUAUGAUCUGAAGGAUAAUGCGGAUGCUGCCUGGCGGAGCAUCACACAACCAGGGGCAUGCUAUCCUUACGACCCCGCAAUGGCCUCUUACCCUUACGGCAACACUUAUGGCGGUAUGGACUUAAACGGUGCCGCGAGGAGGAAAAAUGCAACACGUGAAACGACUAAUACCCUAAAGGCGUGGCUAUACGAACACAGGAAGAACCCAUACCCCACCAAGGGCGAGAAAAUCAUGCUCGCCAUCAUCACCAAGAUGACCCUCACACAGGUCAGCACGUGGUUCGCCAACGCCAGAAGGAGGCUCAAAAAGGAAAACAAAAUGACGUGGUCACCACGUAAUCGAUGCGGUGACGGCGAUGAUGAUGACGACAACGAAAAGUUAGAUGACGAUGAUGAAGAUUGUGAAAAGGAAAAGGACAAAUUAGAGGACAAUAUCAGCGUAAAGGAUUUAGUAGCUGAUGGCAUCGAUGAUGAUCUAAAGAAAGAAAAACUGGACCAUGUUGUGAGGGAAGCCUUCCCCUUGAAGACAGAUUUGCUAGGUAUGGUUCCGAUGGGCGUAGUCAGUGAUGAGACGGGUCUCAUGUCAACAGGCCUCCAGAAAACUGUCACAGAACUCAAGCCUCCCAUGCCCGACUCCAAGCGACUGGAAUCCCCGUGUUCUAACAGCAGUGACUCCGGUCUCAGUGACGUCAACAGCUCGUUAUCCCUCAACAACUCAAGUAUAGAACACAGCGACCCUCUCCGGCCCCGGAUAUGGUCCAUUGCACACGUUGCUACGUCGUCUACGACCACUACCUCGCCCACGACUUCCGCCGACCAGAGCCUCCCUCUGAACUUCUCGCGGGUGAGCGCUCCGUAUAUACCGACCACCUCCACAGUCCGACCCUGGAUGGACAGUGCUUUCCCACUCAGUAGCUCUAUGUUUUCACCAAACACGAACGGUUAUACAAAUGUUAGUCCUCAGAGUGAGAAACCCCUCGUCACACCCAACUUUAAUGGACUUUCGACACCCGUUAAUAACUCCUCGCUGUUGAGGCCCUACCCUCCCCUUUCCUCUAUAUAUUCCCCUACUAGAGACGUUAGACCGGCAGACAGAAUCUCCAACCCUCUCGGCUAAAUAUUUUAUAAUCGGGAGUGCUGGAUACUCCGAGAACUUGAUACCACAGGGUUGGUGAAUUAGCUGGCUGGUGGGAUGGAGAAAUGGUGGUAGGACAUUUCCAAAAUAUAAUUGUUCGUGAAAAACCACCACCCAAUGUCCUUCCCUGGUCCGUGACCUUUCAUAUGGCAUUGAAAGAGUCGGAACGGCAUUACAAAAACCUAAGUAAGACCUGUUUUAGGGCUAGUGCAGGACGUUUGGGCCUGACUGCCCGGGUGAUAGUGACCUCAGGACGAUUGGCGGCAUGGAGGCUUGACUCUUCGCCCCGCAAUAUUGAGCUUGUUCGGCUGGGAUUGAAAGGUUAAUAUAGCUACGUGGAGAUUAUUAAAGACUUGGUUUAAACUUAAGUGCUAAAUAUUUCGCUAAGUGCUGUGAGAGAAGAGGUGUUUACCCAGACUUAAUGAUUCUUACAGUGAAAUUAGCAGUGAUUGACAGCGGCCUACAGGGUAACGUGUCCAUUUAUGUAUUGACAAUGUUGUUGACUUGCUUCACGCGAUAGCUUCCUCGUCACUUUGGUGGUACUUAAUUUCACCGAUCUUCUACACGAGAGCGUCUUGAGGGGGUCAGAUUCUCUCUCCGUAAUGUCAUAUCUGUCUCGUAUUAAACCAAUCGUCCAACAAUAGUACGUAACGUAUUCAUAAUAAACACUGGAACAUCCUUACCGUGGUGGUAAAGUGGAGGUGAUCUUGUCUCCGGCUUCAAACAAUGACGGGUAAUACACCAUUAUUACUUAUAUUUGAAAAGGAGGAAAUGGCAGUCAUCUUUACUUAAUAGUUUUCUUGCUAUUUAUGUGAUGGUUAUAUAGAGAACGGGGUAGUUGUCUCUAGUAUAAUAAAGUCAAAUGUAUUUUCAAUUAUAGCUAUUUAAUAUAUCGUAUGAUUUAUAUUUGAUACCGAUUCGUUGUACCAUUCAAACAGAUUUUCUUUAUAGAGUUUCAAUAUAUAUAACUUAUUUGUAACAUAACAAAUUUAGUAUCGUAAAAAAAGAAAACAUCUAACAUUCAUGUACAAUUUACAUAAAGUUUGAAGUUUUAUGAAAUGGAAAUUUCUUAAUUUAUAAGAUAAUAAUUUUGUUAUAAGAAUAGCACCAUAGAUUUUUUUGGCAUUAAGCUACCCUAAAUAAUGUUUUCUUGUCAACUUUUGUUAGAGUGGUCUGCAGUGUUGUAGCUGCUGACCUGUACAGGGUCUGUUUUUGACCCCUUUUUGUCAGUCUCAUUCCAUGUGUCCAUGUUGAAACGUCUCUCUACAACUCCCAUGUGUCGAUGUAUUUAUGACGUAGCUGUUCGUUUUAUUUUUAAAUAAAAAUGUUACAUGGAU